AUGGUUUCGGCUUAUGGUGGCCUUGUUCGCUGGCUACUUACGAUAUGCCUCACGCUGCCAUUUCUGCUACUCCCCGCAGGAGCGUACGAGUCGAUCUCAGAUGAGACCUUGAAAGCCUUGCCACGACCGUAUAGCGACUUUGAUAUCCACAACGGAGCACUACUGGCCCCCAUCCUGCGGCCCCGUGUCCCUGGCACCCCCGGCUCCACAGCGGUGCUCAAUCACUUUGUGGAUUUCUUCCGCACAUCUCUGCCAAACUGGAAGAUCGAGUUCCAGAACUCUACGUCGAAAACGCCCGUCUCCCAUGGCAAGGAAGUUCCGUUCGUCAACUUCAUCGCCUCGCGCGAUCCUCCCUGGGCCUCAGUGGGCGACGUGGGCAGACUGACGCUCGUCGCACACUACGACAGCAAAUACACACCGGAGGGUUUCAUCGGGGCCAUCGAUAGCGCGGCCCCGUGCGCGAUCAUCAUGCACGCAAUGCGCAGCAUUGACGCGGCCCUGUCGAAGAAGUGGGAGGCCAUGCAGGCGCAGGGCCGAACAGACGCAACCCUGGAAGACCAAAAGGGUAUACAGGUACUCUUCCUGGACGGCGAGGAGGCAUUCCAUCUCUGGACGGCGACCGAUUCGCUAUAUGGGGCGCGCUCUCUCGCCGAACACUGGGACUCACAAGUCCACCCGGCCAUGUCGGUCUACAAGACUCCGCUCUCGUCUAUCUCGCUAUUUGUACUGCUCGAUCUACUGGGUAGCAAGAACCCCUAUAUCCAGUCUUACUUCGCGACGACGCACUGGGCCUACAAGAAUCUGGCCACGCUCGAGAAGCGGUUCCGCGAUCUGAAGCAAUUUAAGUCUUUCUCAGGGGACGCUUCCGAACGGCAGUGGUUCGCUGACGGCGCGAAGAACGAGCAUCAGCUGACCACCUCCUCGGGCAUAGGAGAUGACCAUAUCCCGUUUCUUGCGCGCGGCGUGGAAAUCCUACACGUAAUCGAUGCUUCGCCGAUGACGGGGUUCCCCAAGGUCUGGCACUCGAUGGAUGACGACGGUGAACAUCUGGAUCUGGACACGGUGGAAGACUGGAGCAUGCUCUUUACCGCAUUUGCAGCCGAGUGGAUGGAGCUGGAGGGCUUCAUGCCUGGCAGUGAGGCGCAACCCAAGAAGAAGCGAUCUGAUCCGGAGAGGAAAACUGAAUUGUAA